UCUCCUGCCUCCCGCUAAGCUCUGGGUGUCUGAGCUGCGCUGCCGCUGCCCAGGCGAAGCGGGAGUCCCCAGGCGAACGCUGUGCUGUAGCUGCUAGAGCGUCUGGGCUUCAGCGGGGUGAGCAAGGCGGGCUAGGUCCUGCAAGCAACCCCCCCGCAGCUCGCAGCAGCGGCUUACAGCUGCAGGAGUGGGAGCUCCCUUAACCCUUUCACGUCUCCCCUUGGCUGGAGAGAAGCGGCGAAUGAAGUGAGGAUGAUUAUCCGGGUGUUCAUCGCAUCCUCCUCCUGCUCGGUGGCGGAAUACGCUUCUUCUCCAGUAAAGUCUCCGUUCAAUAAGAUAAAGAAGAGGCAGCAAGAUGUGGUACGAUUUCUGGAAGCCAACAGGAUAGAUUUUGAAGAGGUGGAUAUCACAAUGUCGGAGGAACAAAGACAAUGGAUGUAUAAAAAUAUUCCUGAGGAAAGACAGCCUGCACAGGGCAAUCCACUGCCACCCCAGAUAUUUAAUGAUGAUCAGUACUGUGGAGAUUAUGAUUGCUUUUUUGAAGCAAAGGAAAACAACACGGUCUUCUCCUUUCUAGGGCUGAAACCUAGGUUGGCAUCAAAGGAGUCAGAACCCUAGAAAAUUUCUUUGAAGAUUCAACAAGCACAUCUGGAUGAAAAACCUUGUUCAGCACAUGACUGCUUUCCUAAUGGAUCACUGUGAUAAAAAGCCAAUGCGAAUCAUCAAUAUUUUGCUUGCCAUGGAAGAGGUGCUUUCCAAAGGUGUGAAAUUAAUGUGUACACAAAAUGGGAUAAAGGGUGAGAUGAUACUCCUUUUUAAAAAAAAAAAUGCCCACUCUUGAUGUUUCACAUUUGUCUAUGGAUUACAUUUUCACUGGCUUUGGUAUUCUAGCAAACAAUCUGUUUAAUUCCAGGAUGUUGAGGAAUGGAAGUGUAAAAUCUGUAUGGUCAUGGAAGGGGAUCUGGCAAGAAUGUGAAUCCUUUAUAAGUCUUCAGCUACUGCAGUCUGGAUAAAAUUAGUUUAUCAUGACAGUUAUAGUUUUGAUGGUUAAUAGAAAGUGGUGCUAGUUAUGAUACAGAAGAUGAAAAACAGCAUGAAGAACUUGGUUUAUGCCAAAAACUGCAGAUUUCUGCUCAGUAUAUUUACUGUGCUGUCUAUGCUAGAACAUGUUUAUUGCAAUAUAUGUGGGCUACUAAGCUCUCUCAUAAAAUAUUCACAUUACGAUUGGCUGUUAAAAAACAGUGGUUAAUGGGGAGGGGAGAGAACUCAAACUGAUGCUGUCUUGACAUCUAUGGGUUCCCCCCCACACACACACACACACUGCAAUAAAAUUGGUCUGUUGAUGUGUUUGAAAACAAUUGUUUUGUUGGCAAGUACACUUUAACAUGUGAGGUGCGUGUCAAACUCGUGCGUAUAGCAGUUGAAAAGACAUCAUACAAAGCCAUUACAUAAUAUCUGUUAUUUGGGUAUGACUUUGCACCUCAAAUUUUAGAGCUCAUCAUUUGGCUGUUUUAAAAGAUUUCCAAAGUUAUGGGGCUAAUUCUGCUUCCCUUAAUCACUUUCAAUAGAAUUCAACUCCACCAUUAGCCCCAUUGAUUUUGGUAGAACUACUUCUAGAGGUAGGGCUCGAUCUUGCAAAUAACUUAAACACAGCAGUUGUCCUCAUGAUUUGAAGGUGAAAUCUGUUAGACAAUGGGAUUGCUCACAUGCUUAAAGUAAAGCUUGUGUAUAAAUGCUUUGCUGGAUAAGGCCACAGUAUCUGACCCUUGCAUCAGUUACUAUUCAGUGUGAAUAAGGAAAGCAGAAACUGCCCUGGGGAUUACCCUGAUGUAGCAGAGCCCAGUUUGGCUAUGUAUGACUUAACUAUUUUUUUAAAAAUUGAAAUUUUGAGAGUAGACUGUUUAGCAAAUGGAUUGUCUGUAAUCUAGUCUAAUUGCGUUUAGCAAUGGGAAUCCCUUUGCCCUGUUAAAAUAACAGCUAUUGAACUUCAUAAAUGUAGCUUCUGCUCAACUAUGGCAGCUUUCUUCCAAAACAAUUUGAUGGUCAUUUGACUGUGCUAUUCCAGUAAGUAUUCUGGCUUUGCUGGGCAAAUGGCAUAUGGCCGCUAAGUGGGGGGGGGGCAGCUUUCCUGCAGUCACCGGAAUGCCUGGGCUAUAUUUGGUGGUGGCUAAGACGCCUGUCAGAUACCAGUGUGCUGGAAGACUGUUUUUUCUCGUAAGCAUGCAAGUGAGCACACAGGUGACCCGCUCUCAAUAUAGUGACUCUCCUAUGUGUAACAAUUUCCAUAUGCUACUAUAACAAGUACAGUAGUUUGUGAAAUUGGAAGACUGCUGACUCAGGUCAGAUAUGAAUAGAGGCACAGGGAUAAUUCUGCAGGACUGACAUCCAUAGCUCUGUCAACUGUUACUGCUUUGUGAAGAGAAGUGGUUUCCCUUCACUUACUUAGCAUUGUCUCAGUUUACACAUACUCCACUGAGAAGUCUGCUGGCUGUGUUUGUAUUAAAAAGAAAAUGCUAAAAAUUACAUGAGUGGAAUUUUGUGAACCGAAUUUUGCUUUUGAUCUUCUCAUGCUGUUCCUAUUGAAGUAAAAGGAGCCACACUCAUACCCUGAGCAGAAUUUGGUUCUGUCGUUAUUUUCAUCAGCCCCUGCUCUGGAUUCCUCUCCUGGGGGUGCUGUAGCCAAAGUUUUCAAAUAGAAAUAUAUUUUUUAAAAUAGUAAUAUGUUGCCUAUGAUAAAAGUUGUGUUCAUAGUUUUAUAAUCACAUAUUUUAUGGGGUCUUAACUUCACUGUACAAAUGGAUUUGGCAAAUCGGAUCUGAGCCAGAGAUCCAUUUUGUUAAAGUUAACAAAAUUCUGGACAACUGUUAAUCUGAGUGCAAGAAAUUGUCAUCCCCUUGCAGUGUUAAGUAAAUGAAAUUUACAUAGUUGCACAGUAAAACAGAGAAGCCAUCCUGGAUUAUGCACAUACUUGAUUUGUUGUACAUUCAGAGAAUUAUGUAAGGUCCCAAUUCUGAGGAAGUUUAUGCAUAUGAUUAACAUCAUUGGGUGAAAUCCCAACCCCAUUAAAGUCAAUAACAAAACUUCUGUUGAUUUCACUGAGGCCAGAAUUUCACUCAUUGAGUUUAACAGAACUCUUCCUGUGUUUAAAUGUCCACAUGUUUUAGGUCUAAAAUUAUAAUUGAACAGAAAACCAGUAUCAUUAUUACUGUUAGGUAAAAGGGCUUCUUUAAAAAGAUUAGUUGUGGACACUAUUUAUCUGGAAGACAAGAAUAACUCCAAAAAUGUCCAUUUUGCUUGCACAGAUUGGCAUUAUAAACCCAUUUAGAGAAGUAAUUUUCUUUUGAUCUUUUUUAAAGCUGUAAGUUGCUUGAAUUUGAGUUUUUUCAUUGAGUUAAAGCCUUAUUUUUUUAAUUAUUAUGUAGCCUUUUAGUUUGUUACAAAAAUUGACCUGGAUUUCUUUUUAACCAGUUUUAUAGUUAUGAAAUUUGUUAAAAACGAAUUAGUUUUAACUGGAAAGCUUUGUUGAAGGUAGAUGCAGUAGCUGAAACAAAUGCCAAGUUUAUUAAUUUUUUAAAAUAGCAUAAAAAGUUACAUCCAAGAAACAAUGGGCUAGAAUCUGACCCGAUGCCAGUAGUUACCCCAGUUUAAACACAGGCAGAAAAUCAAAAUCAGGUCUAAUGCGAAUUAAACCUCAAAACUGUGUAUACAGCUAAAGCUGCCAUUAAAUAAAUGGGAAUUUGGUUUUGCAAGGAAUGUAAGCUCAGGCUUUAAAGUCCAAUUCUAUCCGCCGAUGUGUGUGAAUGAUUCCUGUACACUUCAGUGACAGACCUUGUGUAUGCACCAAGGCAAGAAUCUGGCCCUUACAAUGAACCAUUAGAGAUCCCUUUUGCUUUGGCUACCUUGUAAAAACUCAAUGCCAUCCACUUCACUAGCUAUCACUUACUACAAGAACUGUAAUCAAGAAAAAAUGUUUGUAUUGGGAGGGUGUGCACAAAGCCACUGUAUCAGUGGUUUUAGUAAGUAUGUUUGUUGUAUUGUAACAAAUGAGAGGUGCCACAAAGCACUGGGGAGUGUCUUGGCUGAAGUAGGACUGUUACUACAGAAGCUUAUUUUAUAUAUAUAUAAAUAAAAAUAAGAGUGUGUGUGUGUUUUGAUUCCAAGAAUAAGCACACACACAAUUUUAAUAGGGUUGAAUCAGUCUGAUAAACUUUUAAACGUCUUGUACUUUCUUUUAAUUUAAAGAGUAAAACAUUUUAAAAUAACCUUGCUUUUGAUGAUUCAGGUCAAAGGCCAAGACUUUGAAAAUAGAAACCUAAGUUAACCUCCUGAAUCUACUUGUAAUGUAAAAUAAAUGACCUGAUUUGCAAAAGUGCUGGCCUCACCCAGCAGCUCACAUUAGAGUCACUGGGAGUUGCUAAGUAUUUAGCAGCUCAAAGAAUCAGAUCAUUUUGUUUAGGAGUCUCAUUUUUUGACAUGAUUUUCAAAAAUAGGGGCCUAAUAUUUGUUAGUGCUGCUGGCCACAGAACUGCUUUAACUAUUGUUUUCAACUGGUAGUGACAGAGGUGGUUUGAUUUAACAAUAAAGACUCUUAAAGAUGGUUGUUAGAUGUUACAUUUCUGGGGUGUGGUUUUUCCUUGAUUUGCUUAGCCAGGAAGUGCUAAAUCCUGCUAGUCUUAUUUGCUUGACUAGUUCCACAGAUUUCAUUAGAACUAUUUACAUGAACAAUGCAAGGAGGAUUUGGCCUGUGAUUAUUUUCAUGUGUCUAGAAUAAAAAUAGUAGAAAUUGGAAAGAGAAAAGAAGCCUAAUAGAUCAGCUAGAGCAGUGGGUCUCAAACUUUUUUACUGGCGACCCCUUUUACAUAACAAGCCUCUGAGUGCGACCCCCUCCCCCCUUAUAAAUUAAAAACACAUUUUUAUAUAUUUUACACCAUUAUAAAUGCUGGAGGCAAAGUGGGGUUUGGGGUGGAGGCUGACACCUUGUGACCCCCCUCCCCAUGUAAUAACCUCACGAUCCCCUGAGGGGUCCCAACCCCCAGUUUGAGAAUCCCUGAGCUAGAGCAUUCCCUGGCCUUGGGUAUUCUACCACUGCACAAAGUCUGUAGUUCAAACUGUUCCUAUAACAUUCCUGGGCAUCACAAAUACAGAACUGAUGCUCCCUUUGAUAACAAAUGUUCUACAUGGAUUUGGGGAAGGAAGAAAAGUACAAUUUGAGCAUAUUCUAGAUCAUCUAAAAAUUAUUUUUUAAAAUUACCUUAAUUAAAUUAUAUACUACACCAGGGGUCGGCAACCUUGCAGAAGUGGUGUGCCGAGUCUUCAUUUAUUUACUCUAAUUUAAGGUUUCACAUGCCAGUCAUACAUUUUAACGUUUUUAGAAGAUCUCUUUCUAUAAGUCUAUAAUAUAUAACUAAACUAUUGUAUGUAAAGUAAAUAAGGUUUUUAAAAUGUUUAAGAAACUUCAUUUUACAAUUAAAUUAAAAUGCAGAGCCCCCUGGACCGGUGGCCAGGACCCAGGCAGUGUGAGUGCCACUGAAAAUCAGCUCGCGUGCCGCCUUUGGCAUGUGUGCCAUAGGAUGCCUACCCCUGUACUACACCAUCUCAUAAAUAAUGGCUGAAUUCAAGGAAAUCAUCAGGACCUUGCAGUAAAAUAUGCCAAAGAAAUCAGUGAAAUAACAGUUAAUUCACAUACAGUUCCAUUUGGCUGCAGCCUACUAGUCUGCCUGAAUCAGCCCAUGAUGGAUAGGAGCAUCGCAGUACUGUCGUAGCUUCCAGCAGAAGGAUGAGGCCUGUCCUGCAAGAUUCUGAGCACCCUCUAUUCCUAUUGCCUUAUGAGGUAAUCACAAUGUCCCAAAUACCUUCAGGAACAAGCCCUAGCCACAAAGUGUUAAAUAGGAGCAAUUCAUUAGCUUGUGGUGUUCAUUUUAAGUACUGGAUUAAUUAGUAUGAGUGCCAAGGGAGUUGGGGCAGAUCUUCAGUUGGUGUCAUUGGUCAUAGCUCCAUUGAAGCCUGUGGAACUAUGACAAUUGAUACCAUCUGAAGAUCUGCACCCAUGUUCUAAAUUUUCAUGAGUAGUGGGUUUUUUUUACAUAUCUAUAUUUAAUGUAUAAAACUAGGUUUCCUUAGGCUUAUCUGAAAUAAAUGUAACCUGUUUUGACUGGGGCACUUUCUGAUGUUCCCUAUAAGAUAUUAAGCUAAGAGUCUAAAUUGGUGUAAUUUACUCUGUAAGUGGCUAACAAAAGGUGCAAGUUGCAUCAUUUGCAGCUCCCUUAGACCAUUCUCUACCAUGCAAUUUACACCCCCCUUCCUCUCCUCCAAAAUUGCCUCAUUAUCUUUGGCAUAAACAUUGCCAUGAACACUGUACUAAUUUGUAGAUUCCUAUAGCCAAUGUAGAGAAGUAUUAUCCUCGGAUAAGGGAAAUAAGAGGUCUCAGGCACACAGGGAAGUCCAGUCGAACCAUGAAUUGACGCCCAUACUCCACCUCAGCAGGAGGAGUAAGCGGAGUCGACAGGGGAGCCGCAGCAGUCGACUCGCCGCCAUGAGGACAGCCAGAUAAGUCGAACUAAGAUACUUCGACUUCAGCUAUGCGAAUAGCGUAACUGAAGUUGCAUAUCUUAGUUCGAACCCUCCCACUAGUGUUGCCCAGGCCUUAGAUUCUCACAUGAAAGCGAGGCAGAAGUGAAGGUCAGGAGCAAAUCCCUGGUGAAAUGCCUUCCAUCCCCCAGCUGCUGGAUUGUCCCAGAAGCUAGCGUGGGGGCUCCACCCUUCAUAUUAGCCUCAGACUACUUGGUGCCUGAUAAGCAUGAAGUCCCCAACUCCCAGAACUAUAUCAGUUUCCAUUUGAAAUAUCAUUAUUUCUACAAUGAUAAGUGCUAGAACCUUAAAUUCAUGCCCCCAAGAUUGCCAUGGAAGAUUUCCUUCUCUCUGCUGUGUGUACAAGUGUAUUUUUCAUGCCCUGCUCCAAGCGCAUAAAUAACAGGGAGUGAAAUAUACAGCACACUGAUUCUAGGGCAUAGGCCUUCCCCAAAGCUUCUGCAAUUCCAAUUCUGGCUAUUUAAAAUAUUUAUCAUAAGCAGGUAAACAGUAGAUGCCAUCAUUAUAUAGCAUUAUACAUUUCUUAGAUGCUCUGGUUACCUUCUCCAGAAAUGAGAAAGAGUUCUCGAAAGCUUGUCCCAUCCACCAACAGAAGUUGGUCCAAUAAAAGAUAUCUCACCUACCUUGUCUCUAUCAUCAGGAAUUAAUAUACUGGGCUUGACUAUCCUCUCACUCAGUGGUGUACAUCAGAAGUAAUUCCAUUGAAGUUGCUAGACUUCCACCAGUAUAAACUGGUGUGAAAAGACAAUCAGAGGCAGUAGUCUUUGUGUUUAAAGCAGCUUCCAGAAACCCAAAUGGGUUAACUUUGAAACAAAGGAUUAAAAGGUUAAUCCAACCGACUACUGGGAAAAGUGGUUUUCAUACAAAGGAAUAUGAUUUAAGCAAUUUUCUUUCUGUUAUUUAGAUGUUUUAGUAAUCUGAAAAACAGAACUCUGUUUUUAGACAAGUCAUAGGAAAUCUUUGUGACUUGAGAGAAAGCUUCUCUCUUUUUCAAACCUCAUCCUCUAAAAACUACUUUAUAAUGUAGUAUAGUCUAGCAGUCAAUUAGUGAAAUACUGAGCUUUUACAGUUAAUUUUCUUGGUAGUCUGUUCAAAACAAUCCUGAUUAAAAAACAACAACAUGCUGUUGUCUAUUAACUUAAAUUGUAGGAUUCUAUUUCAGGACUCUGCCUUCUGUUACCUGUAAGAACAGUGCUAUUUUACGGUUUCAAAGCACUUUUUAAAUUCAAAGGUAAAAAUAGCAAUUCUCAACAUCAGUCAAAUUAAAAAAUGACUUCAGUCCUACAGCAUUCUGUCUCCGUUUAUUUUAUUUAGGACCAGGUUUUCAGAAAAGGCUCAAUUUAGUUUCUGAUCUUGAAUGCAAAAUUUUGCAUGUGGCAUACCUUGAGUUUAAUUCUGGGCAAGUGAUAUGUUAGGGCUUGAGUAAAAUUGGCCCAGUUGAAGCCAAUGGAAACUACCAUUAAUCUUAGUAGAGUCAGGAUAUCACUCCAUGUUUUGAAAAGCUGAUCCUCUGCUGGCUCAUCAGCACUCUGUUGACUGUCUCACUGCAGAGCAGAACAAGGAGAGAAGCCAGCCACCAAGGCUACUACAGUAGAACCUCAGAAUUACAAACAUCUUGGGAAUGGAGGUUGUUCAUUGAAAUGUUUGUAACAACUGAUCAUUGACUUAAUACAACUUUGAAACUUUACUAUACAGAAGAAAAAUGCUGCUUUUUAACCAUCUUAAUUUAAAUGAAAUAUGCACAGAAACCCUUUCCUUACCUUGUCAAAUUUUUUAAAAACUUUUUUUAUUAGUUUAACACAGUGCUGUACUGUAUUUGCUUUUUUGGUGUCUGCUGCCUGAUUGCAUACUCCAGGUUCCAAAUGAGGUAUGGGGUUGACCAGUCCGUUUGUUACUCUGAGGUUCUACUGUUUUAUCAGCAGCACCACCUUACUAACGCACACAACUGCAGGCAGGAUUCAAGAAGCAACAGGAAGAGAGCCCAAAGUAGGGAAACUUGAGAGGAGAAAAGGUGCAGGCAAUUACUCAAUAGGCAGCAAGAAAUAAUCCAAGAGAGAGAAUGGCAGGGAGGAAAAUCAAGAUCGGGGUGGGGGAAGGUUAGCCAAAGGAGGGCACCGACUGAAGGUGGAGAAUGGAACAGAAACAGAGCAGAGUGAAGAAAGAAAGGGAUGGAUGAAUGGAGAGAGAUUUGGAGUGGUGGAGGAAGAAGUGCAGAAAAGUUCAUUGGAGGGAAAGCACUGGGAGAUUGAAGAGUGAGGCAGUGAAGGAAAGUGGAGAGAAGAGACCAAAAACUAAGCUAAUUUAUUCUAUAGAAAGCAGAGUGCCAAACUGUCACUAAAACAUACUCUCAUAAUGUAUUUGAUUUGUAGGUGGGCAUGUACUUCAGUGACAUGUGAGGGAUUUAGGACACCUAGUUGUGGAUAAACAGUGGCCAUUAAAGCCUGGUGUUUGUCUAUGGGGUACAAGAUAUGGUCUGACAAGUGCAUUUUAAGCAUCACACAGCAGGGAUACUGCCUUUUUGAACACUUUCAUAUGUAUAUGUGGCAUUUGGGGGGUUGGGCCUUUUAUGAUCUUUAUACAAUAUAACUUGUUGCAUUGACAAUUUAUGCUAAUCCAGAAUUCCAGAUACACACCAGAAAAUGUAGGUUCUGCCUGUGCACGUAUGCAUUUGUUUUGAAGUGUCUUUAGCUUCUACAAUGGAAAAAGUUGUAUUAAACUCUUGAAGAGUUUCUAAGGAUGCCAACAAUGCUUUCCCCCUUUCUUUGACACCUUUCCAUUGCUCAGAUGACUACAGACCAGCAAGUAAUAGCAGCAUUAUGAUACUUUGUUUUAUUUUCUGUCCCUUUCCUAAUAUACUGUUAGCCUUUUAGACCACUGCUGUGUAUUAAGCUGAAGUUUUCAGAGAACUAUCCCCGGUGACUCUAAAAUCUCUUUUGAGUGGUAACUGCUAAUUUAGAAUCCAUCAUUAUAUAUGUAUAGUUGGGAUUAUUUUUUCCCAGUGGGGAUUAUUUUUGUACUUAUCAAUGUUGAGUUUCAGCUGCCAUUUCCACCCCUCCCCCAUCACCCAAUUUUGUGAGAUUCCUUUGUAACUCUUGUUAGUCAGCUUUGGACUAUAACUAUUUUGAAUAACUAACUGCAUCAUCUGUAAACUGUUUAUUCCCUUUUCCAGAUAAUUCAUAAAUAUGAUGAAGAGCACAGGUCUCCAUACAGAUCCUUGGGGGAUCCCCCACUGUUUUCCUUUCUCCAUUUGUGAAAACUGACCAUUUGUUCUUACCCUGUAUUUCCUUGUAGUACCCUUCUACAUACAGAAAUGACACGGCUCCUGCAACUCUGCAGAUAUUAUAGUGGCACUCUUUCUGGAUCAGAUUGUCUGUUGGUGUAAGUCUGCAUAGCUUUUCUGAUGUGAAUUUACAUCAGUUUACACCAACCCAGAAUCUAGCAGUCUGUCUUUCACAGCUAGGUUUUGCAAACUCAUUUCUAUACUAUAAAAUGUCAGUGUUGUGGAUUACUAGGGCAGCCAAUUCCAGUCCUGUGUACAACUGCACAAUAAACAGCAAUGAGCACUUCAUGAUCACUGCCUAACAAGGACAAUGAGCUGCUUCCAACUGGAUCCAUGGGCAAGUGAGUCAUUUUCCCGGCAAGCAAUUGUUGAAGGAUUAAGAAACAUAAUAAGCAAUAUUAGAAAUAUAAAGAACUGUUAUGUUGUCUGCAUCCAUCUGAUCACAAUGUCACACUGAUAAGUGAAACUGCAAUAAAUGACAUUUGCUGAAGAUAAGUUUGCUCUAGUGCCAGAUAGAGAUUUCUUUUUAGUUUGUUAAUGCAUUAACUGUUAGCCACUUUCUUAGUUAGUGGAAUAUUGAUAUCUCACACCUGUCUUGUAGGAAGUGAGUAGUUAGCAGGUUUGAUGACCAAUGUGAACACUCCCCAGAAAAUGGCAAGGGCAGCCAAUUCCUUUUCUAGUGACAGUGCCAGCUGUCCUCAAAAGGUGAAGUUGCAAGAAUCCCAGAAAUGUAAUCCUUUCCAGUAACUCUGUUUGUGGUAGGUGCAAGCACAGUCCCACCAGGUUGGACCCAAGUCUUACAGCACAUACAACCCACCCCCCCUCAUUCAGUGUUUUUAAAAUCUGUUCUGUGAAGUAAACAACCAUGUGUGAACGGUGACAUUUACAGCUCUUCCCACUGAUAGUGCAGUGCUGUCAUAACACCACCCAUGGCUCUGAAAGUCCAUUAGUUUACUCACUGUGCUAGGAAUGGAGAAGUCCUUUUCAUUUUGGCUAGUGUUAACUUUACAUGUGUUUUUUUUAAAUAGCCUGUAUUCCUUCUGUAUAAAGGGAUUGUGUACCAUAACUUUCUGUACACUCUCAUCUGAAACACUACUAUAUAUAUAUGCAACUGAUAAUUACACUUAAAUGUGAUGCCAACAGUGUACUGAUGUGUUCAAAUAUAAGUUUUAUAAUUUAAAUUGUCUAAUUAAAGCUAUGUCUGCAGUUCUCUUA